AUGCUCUCUGAAACUUUCAUCACUGGCUUAACUUUAUUUCUAACUUUUAUUCUGAAUUUUAACCGUGCUAAAUCGCAACAUACUGUUGUAAGUGCACCAGUGUAUAGAGAAGCUGGAGAAUUUGAAGUGUUUUGCCCAAGCGGUUUCCGGGUGAUAAUUCCAAUUGAUAAUGGCAUCACUUCUGCGACUUUCACAGGUACGCACCUGAACGAAAGGCAUUUGGAAGUGACUAGAUGGUUUGCAGAUGUAACCCCGAAAAAUGGUUUACUCACAUUUGAAAACAGCACAGCGAAUAUUAAGAUGGGAGAUGUAAUUUUAUUGGUCAUAAACUUGACGGCAUUUGGACAGGAAAAGAACUAUUUAUGGGAUAAAACCGUUGUAGGAGGUAAAAAUGCUAAACCGGCUGCUGAAUGCAUGCCAUGGAAAAAAGUUCUACUAAACAUUAUGGAGCCAAGUUCUGCGAAGUCUGUUUUCGAAUCUGUGCAAUUGGCUGUGUUCAAACAAAAAGGGUUCCAGCUAUCACUUCCAGCAGAACAUGAUGUCAAAUCUAUGACUUUCAAAGGAAAUCUAUAUAAUGAGAACGGUACACUUCCAAUUGAUAUGUGGACUGCAGAUGAUGUGCGUCCACAAAAUGGGCGACUUAUUUACACGAACUGUGUAUCAAAUAUUGAAAUCGGAAAUGUGUUCGAAUUCGAAGUAAACCUCAUUAAAUUUGACCAGGCACAGCGUUACAUGACUGGCACAUUUGUGGUUUUUGAUUACAUUUCCGAUACUAGAGCUGAAUGUAGACUAUCGGUCGCAACCCAGAGGAAGCAAUUAGGUCCUGACGCGGUGAAAGUCGAUGUGUUUUUCCCAAGUGGCUUCCAGGUAUCGAUCCCCGCAGAAAAUAAUAUCACCUCCUUGAAUUUCACUGGCAAUCUCAACCGAGAAUUAAAUAAUUUUGAAAGCAAUACGUGGACUGCCUACGAUAUACGCCCUAAAAAUGGUCAGCUAACGUUUGAAGACAAUACAUCAAACCUCAGAAUUGGAGAUGUAAUAUAUCACCGAAUAACUGUCACUGCAUUUGGACAUAGAAAACAGUACCCAGAUAGGGUACACACAGUAACGAGCUACGUUAAUAAAGUAGGACACAGCAGUAGUUGGCAGGCUCCUCCGACGAAUGACACGAGUGCUGAAUGUAAGCCAUCGAUAACAGCGGUGAAUGGUGUUCAACAGAAGUGCGCGGAGCGUUUAAUAUUCGAUGAGCAGUUCUUAGGGAAUCGAAUCGAUACCUCUAAAUGGACUCUACAAGAACGUUUUGGUGGUCAGCCUAACUUUGAAUUUGUUACAUAUUUAAGUCACCAAGAUGUGAUUUACGUCAACCGAGGCCAUCUUUCCAUAGAACCUAAACGCAUGACCGAUAUUUAUGGAGAUAAUAUUUUCGACCCCAAAUUCACUCUCAACCUUCAACCAGAUUGCACUGGAAAACUAGAGACAAGUGAUUGUAUUAGGACAAAUGCUGUUGAUAUAAUACCCCCAAUAGCAUCAGGUCAAAUUACUACAAAAGGGUACUUCAGUUUUUUGUAUGGUUCAGUUCAAAUUAGGGCUAAGCUUCCCGAUAUUCCUUGGUCUUCCGUACAAUUCUUCCUGGAACCUUCGGAGAAUGUAUAUGGCAAACAUAACUUCAGUCCUGGACAAAUGCGAGUGGCGUUCGUUACUGGUUUGGAUACAUGCACUCUUUUUGGCGGUAUUAUUUCCAAAGGUGACAUCUCGUUUCGAAGCCAGCGUAUUCAUAUGUGCCAGAAAUCGUGCAGUAAUAAUCAAAAAUGGAGUUCCAAUUAUCAUACUUACGGUUUAAAAUGGACCCCGAACUCCAUCUCUCUGUCCGUCGAUGGAGAACAAUAUUGCGAAAUAAACCUUAACCUCUUACCACCAACGAUGGACACGGCAACAUUCAAUCAACCUUUUCAUUUAACGAUUGGUCUAGGAAUUGGCGGACAUAUCGAGUUUGACGACGGACUACCAGAUAAACCAUGGACCAACCUUGAUGCCAAAAGCAUGCUACAGUUUUGGCGAGACAUUAAAGAAAAACCUUACCCUAGAGGAAAAUUGGAAGUUGAUUAUAUUAAAGUCUUCACUGUAUAG